GCGCGUUUCCUCGUACUCGUAAAACAUAUACUGAGCGCGUAACUAAGUGCGAGUGUGUUAGUACUAGAACUCUCACAAUUACAAGUGUUGUGUCAACGCAACAAAAGUAUAAUAAAAAAAGAGUCAUAUUAUCUCAUCGCGUUGGUGGUUAGCUCUCAGUGUCACUGGGGCUAGUUACUAUCUAUUAAAAAUCAAAUUUAUUGUAAAAACAACGCCGAGUGUAUAAUAUAAAGUGGGUGUUUUAUUUAAAGAACUGUGCCUCUAUUUAAAUAAAUACUUAAAUUAUUAUUGUAUUAAAGUUUCUAAAAGUUUACUAGGAUUUAUUUAAUAGACAAGCCAUGGGUAACGUCCACACUUGCGGUCCAAACGAAGCUCUCGUCGUCUCAGGAGGAUGUUGCGGAUCUAUGAAAAAACGAACGAUUGUAGGCGGGUACGCAUUCUGCUGGUGGUUUGUUACGGAUGUCCAACGUCUGUCUCUGGAGGUAAUGACUCUAAACCCGGUGUGUGAGAGCGUCGAAACAGCCCAGGGUGUCCCACUAACCGUGACUGGAGUCGCCCAGUGCAAGAUAAUGAAGGCUGAUGAAUUACUGCAUACUGCGAGCGAGCAGUUUUUGGGGAAGAGCACUCAUGAAAUUAAGUGCACUAUCUUGUCUACUUUGGAGGGACAUCUUAGAGCUAUUCUUGGUACGCUGUCGGUCGAAGAAGUUUACAAAGAUCGCGACCAAUUCGCAGCACUAGUACGCGAAGUUGCUGCUCCGGAUGUUGGACGUAUGGGAAUAGAGAUAUUGUCGUUUACUAUCAAGGAUGUUUAUGAUGAUGUUCAAUAUUUAGCUUCUCUGGGUAAAGCUCAGACGGCUGCUGUUAAACGUGAUGCUGAUAUUGGUGUUGCUGAGGCUAAUCGUGAUGCUGGAAUUCGGGAAGCUGAAUGUGAAAAAACAGCAAUGGACAUAAAAUACAACACGGAUUCUAAAAUAGAAGACAACGCCCGUCUCUUUCAACUACAAAAAGCGAAUUUCGAUCAAGAAGUCAAUACAGCUAAAGCCGAAGCUCAGCUUGCCUACGAACUUCAAGCGGCUAAAAUAAAGCAGAAAAUAAGAAAUGAGGAGAUUCAGAUUGAAGUUGUCGAGAGACAUAAGAUGAUAGAGGUUGAAGAACAGGAGGUCCGUCGUAAGGAACACGAGCUUAAGAGUACUGUUCGUUUGCCUGCUGAAGCUGAGCAUUAUAAGAUGACCACUGUUGCGGAAGGAAAAAGAACGCAAACUGUUGAAAAUGCUAAAGCCGAAGCCGAGAAAAUAAGAUUGAUAGGAGAAUCAGAAGCUAAAACAUUAGACAUUAUUGGUACCGCAGAGGCCGAAAGAAUGCGUUUGAAGGCCCAAGUCUACAAAAAAUAUAACGAGGCUGCUAUAUUGAAUAUUGCUUUGAACGCAAUGCCUAAGAUUGCCGCCGAGAUCGCUGCCCCUCUGGCGAGAACAGACGAAAUCGUACUACUGGGAGGUAACGACGGCGUAACUAACGAACUGACCCGUCUGGUGGGUCAAGUACCACCGGCGGUGCAAGCACUCACUGGUGUUGACCUUUCUAAAGUUUUAGGAAAAAUUCCGGGGGCUAAAUAAUUCAAAUGUUUAACUAUUAUUGAUAAUGAUAAUGAAAAAACUAACUAACUAACUAACUAACUAAUCCCUAAAUCUACGUUGAAAUGAACAAAAACUAAAAAAUCUACGUUGAAAUUAACAAUAACUAAAAUAACUAACACUAAUUUUAUUAUGAUGUUCAUUCAAGCUUGUAUAGCAGUUUAAAUUUUUAAUUGACCUCUACCUCAUUAAUUUGGACGUAGAUUCUGGUUGUUUCACAUCUUUAUCACGCGCACAUUAUUAUUUCUUACGAUGGUCUUGUUUUGUUUUAUUUUUAUAUAAAUAUAUAUAUAUAUUUAUUUAGGCCUGAUAAUUAUUUACACAGCAAUAGAAAAGAGUGACCUGAAAUCUUUUUAUACACAUUUAUUUCUUACAGUACAUUCCAGAUUUUCGAUACUAAUUUUAUUGCAUUGCACUGCUCCCGAGUAAAAAAAAUUAUAUAUAAUUAUAUA